AUGGAAGACAGGGUUAGAAUUAUAGAAGAGAUUAUAAGAGAGUAUGAAGGUGAAUUUGAUGAGAAGAAAGCUGAGAAUUUGAUGAAGUUAGUUUCAAUUAUGGAGGAAGUUCAUCAAAAGGACAAAGUUGUCAUUCCACAGAAGAAAGUAGUUUAUGAAGUAUUUGAGAGUCCAAACAAAGAGACUGUUAGUAAUUUUGUUGCAGCAACAUUUGAUGAACCAUUUGGAAUAGAUAUUGAAAAGACAAUGGAAGAGUUUGAGAAGAAAAAGAGAAGUAUUGAAGAGCGAAUGAAAAUGAUUGGAGAGAUGAUGAGACAUCAAGAGGUUAAAGAAAAAAUAGGUCAAGAAGUGAUUGAGCAAAUAGAAACAACAAUCA